AUGAGAAAUAAGGACAUUCUCGAGGAGGAAGAAUUCUUAUCUAACACUGAAGAAAGAGCCUCUCUUGACCAAACCACGUUUUCUGCAAUGAAGACCUUUGAAAUCAGUGAUACAGAGCCCAAGAAGAGAAAUGGGGUGAAGUGCUUCAUGGUCAUGGUGGUCAUCUACCUGAUUCUGCUCUCCAUAGGCGCUGGGUUGCUGGUGAUGGAAGUUCGGAUUCUGCAGAAGCGGCUCUGGGUCCUAGAGAUUCACUUUGAAAAUGAGACACUGGCCUCCGAGGAUCAUCCAUCCUACUCCUUACUCUGGUCAGAGUACCUCCCUCACUCGGCUGCAGAUGCACCAAGGCUGCAAGUCCUGCAGGCCCAGUUGAUCCAGGUCCACAACAGGCAGAAGCGCCUGCUGCAGCAGGUGGACAACUUCACUAAGAACCAAGAGCUGUUCCAGAUCAGAGGCGAACGCGGUGCUCCAGGUCCCCCAGGACACCAAGGGCUGCCGGGAAUCAAGGGAGAGGCAGGCCUCCAAGGACCCAAGGGUGCUCCAGGGAUGCAAGGAGCCACUGGACCUCAAGGAGAGAAGGGCAGCAAAGGCGAUGGGGGUCUCAUUGGCCCCAAAGGGGAAACUGGUGCUAAGGGAGACAAAGGAGACUUGGGCCUCCCAGGAAGCAUGGGAGUGAAAGGAGAAAUGGGAGUCAUGGGACCCCCUGGAGCCCAGGGGAGUAAAGGCGACUCGGGGAAACCAGGCCCCCCAGGUGUAGCUGGAAUUCCUGGAAUCAAAGGACAUCAAGGACAACCUGGAGAAAAGGGACUUCAAGGCCCUCCGGGUGCGGCAGGAUCCCCAGGUGCCAAGGGUGAGCCUGGAAGCACUGGAGCCACCGGACCAAAAGGACUUCAAGGACAGAAAGGAACAAAAGGAGAUUCAGGAGUUCCAGGCUCUGCAGGCGUGAAGGGUGAAAAGGGAAGCCCAGGCCUGGCAGGCCCUAAGGGUGACCCUGGACCAAGUGGCCGAAAGGGAGACCCAGGACUGAAAGGAUCUUCUGGGCCACAAGGAGUAAAGGGAGAAAAAGGUCAAAAAGGUGAAUCCCUAGUAUCCGUCAGGAUUAUUGGCUCUGCGAACCGAGGCCGGGCUGAAGUUUUCUAUGAUGGUGCCUGGGGGACAAUUUGCGAUGAUGACUGGGACAAUUCAGAUGCCACUGUAUUCUGCCGCAUGCUGGGCUACUCUACGGGAACAGCCCUUUUCAAUAUGAAAGCUGGCGCUGGAAACAUCUGGCUGGAUAAUGUUGCAUGUCGUGGAACAGAGAUGACUCUGUGGAGCUGCAACAAGAAUAACUGGGGCUCCCACAACUGCAACCACAAUGAGGAUGCUGGCGUGGACUGCAGAUGACCCUCCCCAGCCUUUGUACUGCUCUGUCCCCAAGGUGUCUGCAGGCAGAGAUACUCAGCUCUCUGAGGGGUUUCCAGGAAGAGGCUGAGCAGCCUCUGGGGUGGAGUCAUUAAUAAAGCU